GCCCAUCACUUAGGUUCUAAAUCAACAUUUUACUCUGUCUUUAUUACAUCUGUCCUGAUCCAUCCACCCAUCCGUCCAUCUCAUUUGUUGAUCACUUCAGGUUUGGUUGGGAUGUUCCAGUAAUUUUGAGAAAUUCCGAAGAGACGCAGUUCAAAACAAGAGUUUUCAAAAAGCAAAUGAGACAAGUCAAGAAUCCUUUUGGCUUAGAGAUCACUAAUCCAUCUUCAGCUUCGAUUUCAACUGGCAUAACUUUGACAACAGAUUGCCUUGAAGAUAGCCUCCUUACAUGCUACUGGGGGUGCAGUGUUCAAAAAUUAUAUGAGGCUCUGCAGAAGCAUGUUUAUUGCUUCCGAAUAAGCACUCCCCAAGCAUUGGAAGAUGCUCUGUAUAGUGAAUAUCUCUAUCAGGAACAGUAUUUUAUUAAAAAAGACAGCAAAGAAGAAAUAUAUUGCCAGUUACCAAAAGAUACUAAAAUUGAAGACUUUGGAACAGUGCCCAGAUCUCGCUAUCCAUUGGUAGCAUUGUUGACCCUAGCUGAUGAGGAUGACCGAGAAAUUUAUGAUAUUAUUUCCAUGGUGUCAGUAAUUCAUAUUCCUGACAAAACUUAUAAACUAUCCUGUAGAAUAUUGUAUCAAUAUUUACUCCCGACUCAAGGUCAAUUUCAUGAUCUUAAGCAACUUUUCAUGUCUGCAAAUAAUAAUUCCACUCCUUCCAGCAAUUCCUCUCCAGAAUUAAAAAGCACGGACCGAAGUUUGUUGGAAAGGGCUGGACUGUCUGAAAGUGAAGCAGACGCCCCGGAGGAGAAUGGCAAGGACUGUGUCGUUUGCCAGAACGGGACGGUGAACUGGGUGCUCCUGCCCUGCAGACACACGUGCCUGUGCGACGGCUGCGUGCGCUACUUCCAGCGCUGCCCGAUGUGCAGGCAGUUUGUUCAGGAGUCGUUCGCACUUCGCGGGCAAAGGGAGCACGAUCGAGACCGACUGAAAACCCUUUGAGGGUGUUGUUACAGCGGAAAACUGUCCUCUGCACCGAAGAUGUGGACAUUUGUGUUCUUGGAAUGAAUCAUAACAUGGAAUCCACAGUGUUGACCGUCAAUGAAAAUUCUAUUUUAACUUCAUAUUUGUACGGUACCGAAUAAUGACAUUUAAUUACUCGUUCCUGUUCCAUAUGAAAUACCAUCUGUGUUAAUACAUAAAAGUACAUUCAGCUCUUGACAAGAAUGUAAAUGUUUGGCCUUUUAUCAGCUAGAGGAUUUCGUAUAAUCAGAAAAAUUCUGAAAAAUAAUCCAUCUAAAAUUUGAGGAAGUAAAAGUCUCAAGUUUUCUGCAAUUGGGAAAAAUAUGAAUUUUGCUUAAAGUAGUAGUAUGGUCCCCCAUUUACAGAGGAGUUGGAAAGGGCUUCUAACUUCAAGUCCUUUCCUGAAAUGUCAGUUUUUAUAAAUAUCCAUCUGUUUGGUUUCUAAUUUUCCUUAUAAUCAUAGUCACAUAAACAUAAGUCUUAAUUUUUAAAUAUAGAUUCUUAAAUUAUAAAUGCAAGAUACAAUUCUUGACUGUUCUCAGUGUGUCAUAGAUGAAAAUGAUACUCAUUUAUAGGAAGCAGAUAUAUAAAGCAAGAAUAAUAAAAUUUCUCGGAUAAUUAAAUUUACUGUCAAAUACGAUUAGAUUAGCAGACUGUGACCUCUAGGGAAGCUCUAGACUCAGUGCCUCACCUUGGGUUUCCUCCUGCACAGAAAAUCCAUCCCAGACUGGAGGGGUUUCGAGCCAGAAAAAUCACUGACAGAAACAAAUGACUUUUUGUGAGUGUGUUUUUAUUCCAAAUAAACCCCAUAUCUUUCUGAAUGUUAAAUUAUUUUGCUUAUUCCCUGUUAUGUCCGAGGAAGACUUGAGGAGCCUGAGAGGCAAAAAGGCCCAUCCCCCCUCUUUCUAAGAUGACUAAGAAGAAAAAGGUAAAUCAGAACUUCCUGUAUCUUCAGCGGAAAUUACCUUCAACUCUCCAAGAAAUUAGAUCAUGGCAAAUAAACUGUGACAUUCAGGGAGAUUUUUAA